UUGCCCAGUUAACGGGAGUACGCCGAGUCUGCUAUAUACGGCUGGAGAUGUCGCCACCGGCACGAUCCCCAACUGCGGAAUGCGCUUCUGGGAACCUGAAAAGGCGACAUCCCGGCCGACCGUUAAGCUGCUGCAUCCCAACAUCGUCAUCACCAACACCACCGUCAUUCCGCUGGCGAAAAGGAUGAGCGAUUCGAUGCAGUACCCGCUGGGUGUGGAUGUGAUCGACUCGGUGCUGUGGACCAAGGAGCCGCUGAGGGAGUUCUCGGCGCGACCGGAGGGCAUUCGCGAGGCCUGGUUCCUGGACCCGGUGCUGACGGCCGACAUGGCGGAUGAGCCUGUCUCGGCGCUGCUGGAUAUGAGCCAGCUCGUGGGACAGGACCGCAACCUCAACUGGAACGGCUACGGCACUUUCUUCCGACGAUUCGCCUCCGUGUACGACGGCAAGGUGGUGGGACUGCCUGUCAGCGCGGCCAUCAUGUUGCUGUACUACAGGCGUGACUUUUUCGCCUUGAACAACAUCACUGUCCCGGCCACGUGGGAGGAGGUGGUGGACAUUGCGGAGCGGUGGAACGACACGGACCUGGACGGCACGGGGGCGGGGGCGUGGGGGUUUUGCAUGUCACGACAGCCCAGCACUCGGCGUGCGGCGGAGCUGUACCGGCGUCUGUCCCGCUUCACGGCGCCCACUGAGCAGGUGGCGUGUCUCCCCGUCAGCCUGGCGUUUGUGUGGGGCAGGUGCCUGAUGGCGGUGGGGACGACACUGCACUUCAAGUACGCCACGUUCAACAACAGCCUCAAUAACAUCACACGGGUUCGUGGCAAGACCGGGACUGCCGUACUCCCGGGCAGCUUUGAGGUCAUGAACCGCACCUCGGGGAAGAUGGUUCGAUGCAACCCGGACAUUUGCCCGCAUGGCAAGCUGCACAAGCUGGCGAACGGCACGACGGCCUGGGUUAAUGUUGCCCCCUACGCUGGUCGGGGCGCUUUCACGUACGCCAUUAAUCGACACCGCGAGCCCCACCUGCAGUACAUGGCUUACCGGCUGUGUGCCCGGCGCGUGUAUGCUGACGCGAUGUGGCCCUCCGUACUGAGUGCUACCGCGGCUGGGUACGACAAGGAGGACACGUUGCUGUUCAUGAAGGCUGUUUCAGACACCAUGGAACACCCCAACAUUGCUCUCAACCUCCGGAUCUACGGGGCUCUGGAAUACUACUUUGCUGUGGACAAGGCCGCCGUGGCGCUAUCCGACAGUAACGCAAGCAUAGACGCCAUCCUUGCAACAGCCCAAAAAGAGGUCGUACAACAGUACGGCAAUGUCACGGUGGAGUGGCUAAAGAAGCGUUACUGGAAGAGUAUCGACCGUGCCCUGCCAGCCCCGCCGCCGCCGGUGGCCCCCCACGCCGGAUUGAGCAACCGGGGCAAGGUCGGUAUCGGUGUUGGUGGGGGGCUUGGCGGUGGGCUGCUGCUGCUGGGCCUGGUGGCCCUGGCAGUGGUGGUGGUCUGGCGACCAGCAUGUAUACGGCAGAACAUGUCGUAUGUGCCGUACCCAAGCCCUGAAUGUACCCUGGUGGUCACCGACAUGGAGGGUGACUCAUUCAUCGUCGCGUUCCCCAGUGCGCUGGCGGCCCUUAGGUUCGCACAGGACUUCCAGGCUGAGCUGCUAGCUGCGGACUGGCCCGCAGUGCUGCUUCAGGACUCCGACCUGUGUCGACCCGUGUACGCGGCCCCUAGAGCCGCCAAGGAACUCCAGGGCCAGCUCUCCCGCCGCUCCGGCUCCCUCCGCCCGCCAACCGCCGCCACACGCGCCCCCACUCCACUGCCAGUGAACCCCUCCGGCUCCGCUAGCUUCACCCAUAUCAACAGCGUCGCCGCCGCACUCUCCGCCACCGCCGCCGCCGCCGGCUCCAGCCUCACCGCCGGCAGGUCCCGCAGCGGCGCACAGCUGAUGCUACAGCCGUCCAGGAUCUUGCAACCCCCCGGCGGGGCGCAGCUACAACAGCCGCAGCACCAACCUAGCCAGCAGCAGCUGCAGGAGGGUCAGGCGUCAUAUUACGGAGGGUACGGCGGCACAGGGCCCUCCCUGGGUGACAUUCCGGAACAGUACAUCCCGGAUACACAGAACAGUUGCGGCAGUCUGGGCAGCCUGAGCGGACUCGGCAGGCUGCCCUCCGGCCUGUUCAGGAGGCCGCCGGCCCUCCAAGCCGGGUUAAGUGGCGGCGGCGGCAGCAUGGCGGCGGCGGCGGCGGCGGCGGGGCCGCCGCAGGGGCCGUCGCGGUUGCUGGCUGCUGCGCCUCUGCCUCGCGCAUCGCCGUUGUCGGCGCCGCCGCGCAUGCACCCCGCAGCGCCGGCGUUGGGAUCGUUUGCAGUGGACUCGCCUUUCGGGUCGCCCGCCGCCGCCGCCGCCGCCGCUGCCGUUGUAGACACGGAUGCUGUGACAGACCCGGUAACGGCCGCAGAGGGCUCCCCAGCUACAGCUGCGAGCUUGAUGCAGCUAGGAGGAGCCGGAGGUGCUACAGCCCAGUACCAGCAGCAGCAGCAGCCGCUGGUGCGGGCGCAACACUCCUUGCUGAGCAAGCCCUCGGGAGACGACCCAGGGGUCAGCGGACAGCUGGCGGCGCUGAUGGCGGCGGACUAUGAACUGGCUAGCUCGCCGGUGGCUGGUGCAGCGGCAUCCGUCGCCACACCAGGGGCGGCGGCGGCGGCGGCGGCCUCUGUUGGCGUCAGCGGCGGCGGCGUCAGCGUCAGCGGCGGCGGCGGCGGCAGCACCUGGCUGUGGGGCAGUGAGGCUGCCGCUGCGUGGCAGUUGGUGGACGGGUCGUCUCCAGGUGCCGUUUUGUUGUUCAGGGGUCUGCGCAUCCGCGUCGGUCUGUACUCCGGCGUGCGGCCCACCGAGUUGACCUUCACUCGGGCCUCAUCACGAAUCAGUUUCUGUGGUCUAGCCAUAAGAAUGGCCAAGGCGGUCUCGGACUCGGCUCAUGGCGGUAUGAUCGUGCUGUCGGGCACCUCCGCCUCGCAGCUGCUGGGUGUGCCCGAGGUGGCUGUCCUACUGGCGGGUGAGGGCACCGAGCUGUGGCACCUGGGGAGGGUGAAGCUCGCGGAGGACCUGGCGGCCGUGGAGCUGUUCCAGCCCAUCCGCAUCGGGUCCCAGGUGCUCCCCGGCGUACUGCUCGCCCCCGCGGGCUCCGUAGCCCUUGUACGACUGAACGUGUCGGGUUUGUCGCUGCUACGCGCCUCCGCCCCGGAUCUGGCGGCGGAGUCGCUGCCCGCCCUGGGUGGCUACCUGAGCGAGGCCCGGCAGGGGGGCGCGGAGGGCAUCACCGUGGCCUUUCCCGACGGCCUUAGGGCGGUGGCCUGGGCCCUUGCCGUACAGGCGGAUAUGCUGCAUUGGGACUGGUCUCCUGAGCUGCUGCAGCACGAGGCGUUUGAAACCAUCGCCAUCGACGGCCUGGGGGAUUCCUCCUCAUUCACAAACCUCCUGCUGGCGGGAGCAAGAGGAGGUACCCGACCGCUGGAGCGGCCCAGCAGCGGAGAGAUCGUGGAGGUGCCCGUGUCCAAGCCAUCCCGCUCACGGCUGUACGACAGCCGCUCCGGCAUCGCUCCCGGGGUCGUACCGCCGGCGGAGGGGGCAGUGCUGUCGUUUUCCUCCCAAACCGGCACGGCGCACGGUGGCGGCGGCGGCGGCGGCAGGGGUGCUUCCUUCUCCUCCCAGACCGGUCGACCGGAGGCCGCCGGCGGCAGCCGCCCCAGCACCCUCGCCGCCCCCCUCGCAUCGCCGUUCCUUUCCAUACGACAACGGUAUCUGUUACGAGGGGGGGGAACGCUGUCUGCUGGUGGGGAGGGCCCGGCGCCAAGCUUGUUGAGUCCGCUGCAGCCGCCGCCGGAGCUGCCGGCGGAGGCGCCAGCGGCGGUCGAAAAGACCCGUGGGUCAUUGGCCGCCGAGGGCGGCAAAUUGCCCCCCAGUCGGAUAUCGCUGCCCGGGUUUAUGCGGCGGGGGAGGCUAGCGGCGACAUCGGCGGCGGCGGCGGCCGAGGAGGAGGGAGGCGACGGCGCGGCGGAAAGAGAAACGGUGGCGACGGCGGGCGGGGAGGAGGGCGGACGGGGUUCUGUUGCGGAAGGUGACGUGGAGAGCGGGCGGAGGGAGGAGAGUGACGGAGCGCCGGUGGCGGCGGCAGCGGCGGCAGGGGAGCCGCGGCCGUCACCCGCGCGGGAGGUGCGUCGCCUCGCCGCUAAGCUCUUCCCGACUGCCGUUGCCACUGCCGCCGCGACAACAAGAGUCACGACGGAAACCAGUGCCGUACAACCGUUCGGCGAAGCCUUAACUUCUCCGCCGGAAUCUGCCGCCGCCGCCGCCGCCGCUCCUGCUGCUGUUGCUCCUGCUGCUGGAUCCGACGGCGCCGACCAAGCGGCUGAGUACGGAGCGCCAACCGUAGAGGACGAAUCGACGGCGGCGGCGGCGGCGGUGGCGGCGGCGUCCGUCGGCUCGGGCCGCGGCCUGGAUGCCGGAGGUCUGCCGGCCCCCCGGUUCUCCGCCGCCAGCUCCGUAUGUCCCCCCCGAGCCUACACCUACAUGCACCGGGUGCUGUUCCGGGGGCCCCGUACGAAGGCAGUGGUGGACUUUGGCAGCGUCAGUACGGAGAUCUGUCGUACGACGGGACGUCUGUUGUACAGGGGCCGUAUGGCCAAGCAGAUGACCAAGCUGCUGGGAGCUGCUCAGCGAGGGCAGACUGCUGGCAGCGGCCGCCGUAAGCCCGCGGCUGUCAGCAGUCGUACAGGCCCGGGCGCUUUCGCCAGGCCGCCGUCAGCGGCGGCGCUGUCCGUUGCCGGGGUCAGCACCGUUGGCGGCGCCGUCAGCGCGGCGGCGACGGAGCCGCAGGAGGUGGCGGCCGUGCCAAAGAAGGCGCAGUACUACCUGUGCACGUUGGCGCCGCCGCUGCCGCCGGCGCGUGGUGACGGCAAACUGCCGCUGCCGACGGGGGAUGCGUCUGUCCGUACGAUAUUCAAGGCCGCAGAUUCGCCCGUGAUUCGUUCCAAGCCCGAACUUUAG